AUGACAUGCCGAAUUGACUGUUCAGAUCCUAUCGAUGUUGCAUUGAUUGACAAGGAAUCAGUUGCUGUUCUCUUCAAAAAUUCCGUGUCGAUCUACUCAACAACUACCUCAAGUCUUCUUGAGAGCCACCGUGUCGACGAAGGAGUCAAUACAGUUUAUGCGGAGAAGAACAACGUAUACAUCGUGGGAGAAGAACCAGUCGUCUACAAGAUCGAUACCAAUCAAUCGACUCUUCGUCAAACCAAUCCGUUGGCCGGAAUCACUCAGUGGAAGUGCAAUGACUUUAACAAAUUGGAGAAAGUUCUUCUUUUGCAUCCGAAAAGAAGUGGUGUGUUCACCAAGUCGAUACUCCUGUACGACGUUAAGACGGAUUCAGUUGUUAGAGAGCUCAAGACCAAUGUGACAUCUUCAUUAUCGAACUUCCGCAAGGAGCGCUACGAAAUAAUGACUUCUGGUUUGAAUGGAAAUUGGUCGGUGUAUGACCUCAGAGGGUCUUUGAACAAGGCCGUGUACACGUACUCACUGAAAGGAUCGAUCGUAAAACAAGGUUACAAAACCAAUAUGUCCUACUGCGAGACAUUCGACAAAGAUGUUCACCGGUUGUACACGUGGAAUGGAGAAACACAGCCCUCCGAAAGAUGGGCUUUCGAUGAGAAGCAGUGGUUUCUUGGAAUAAUAGAUGGAAAUAAUGCGUCGGAGGGGUUUGUGAUUCAUGGGAGUUACAAAAAUUCGCAGCUCGUCCUAACUGACGUAAAAAAUAUCGCCCAACAAAAGUGUACGUCUUUUCACAAAUAUGGAGUGAAGUCUCCGAACCAGACGAUGUUUGAUAUUUUGCCUGGAAACGUUCUUGCCACAGGCUGCUCCACAGGUGUAAUGAUGCAGUCUGCAAAAUUUAACGUCGAUAACUUCAAAAGCCACUCAGAGAAGCAGAGAGAAGCGUGCCGUAAAGCGAAGAGUCGUCUUACGGAUGACAAAGAGAUCAAAGAACUGAGAAAAACCAUUGAUCGAUACGAAGCUGCUGGGAAGCGCGACGAAGACAUUAAUGUAUAUGAUAACGAUGUGACCAAAGAAAAGUUUGACAUUGGAAAAUUAAUGGGAACUGGAUCAAUGGGCAGUGUCUUCAAAUGUAGAUCAAAAAAAAAGCGGCAAAGAAUUUGCUCUCAAGUACAUCAUCAACCAAACAAGCAUAUUGUCCAAAAAGUUUGA